AUGCAGAAGGCGCGCAGAUGUGGGAAGCUGUACGGCUCUGUGGAGCGACCGGAACCGGGAGAGCACGCGCACAGAACAGAAACACCAAAUGAUGAAGACGGCAUUGUGUCCAUGGCGGACUCCACCAUUACUGUGGAUGACAUUGAGGGUGAGCUGUUCAAAAUCGAGAGGAUACGAGAUGUCCUGGUGCGGAGAGAGUCUGAGCUGAGAUACAUGAUGGAUGAUAUUCAGCUCUGUAAAGAGAUCACAAGGCUUAAAAAGGAACUGCAGAAAUUGGUGUCAAUCCCAGAUAAAGACAAGUCCAGUGAAGACCGGCAGCGUGAGGACGAGCUGUUGCAGCAGAUCCAUAAGCUGGUGGAGACUCGGGACUUUCUGGUGGAUGAUGUGGAGUUUGAGAGACUGAGGGAGCAAGAGGAGGAUAAAGAGAUGGCUGAGUUCUUACAGGCAAAAUUUCCUGCAAGCACUAUCAAGAAAAGUUCCACUCAGAGGAGAAGGAUGACCUCUAGGGCCCAGCAGGUCUCCUCUCCAAAAGUGACCAAGGCUGGCCUUACCCUGCUUAAAGAAUGCUGUGGUGUUUCCUGUUCUGUCAUGUAGUAUCGGAGACAAUGAGAGUGGCUACAAGA